AUGGUAGUCAGUAGGGCCCUGUGUGUGCUGCAAGCCAACCUGAGGAAAGGCGCGGAAACCCAACUGAGCCUCUUGAACGACCGAUCGUUGCAAUCCUGCGAUUUGCUCAUGAUCUCGGAACCAUACGUUUUCCUGAUGAACGACACACGGCAUCCGCUCGUCGGUGGGCUGAGGCCGCACCGGAGCAUGAUCUGGGUGAACAAAAAGUCUUUCCCGUACAGGCAGAUCGACAUUGCGUCAGCCGACAUCGUCGCCGUACUGCUAUUUACGCCCACGCCAACUCUAACGGUCUCCGUAUUUAUUCCGCCAGGAAGAGGGUGCGAAGGAGCUGAGACACUGACUCAAGGGCUGGAUGCAAUCCGGGAUGCCCAUCGACGGGUCCGGUGCGAGCACGGCGACAACAUUGACAUCCUUAUUGUCGGGGACUUUAACCGCCACGAUCAGCUCUGGGGAGGAAAUCAAGUGGCAACGCGGAACCGUCAGGGCGAAGCGGAACCAAUUGUGCUCCUCAUGGCAGACUGGGGCCUAACAAGUUUAUUGCCCCGAGGGAUCUUCACCCGGGAGGAAGGCCCACAUCGGUCGACCAUCGAUCUUGUCCUCGCGUCGCCAGAUCUGAGCAGGCGGGUCACACGGUGUCGCAUCCACCCCGUUGAGCAUGGGUCAGACCACCGGGCAAUUGAAACGACCUUCCAUUGCGAAACGCGACCAACGCUUCCCCCGAUAACCUGUUUCUCAUUCCGCGAAGCUCCAUGGGCCGACAUCAAUAGGGAGUUAAGAGACCUAGAGACGGAGAUCAUAGAUAUCACAGACAGCUCGGAACUGGACGCGACUGCAGGCCGCUUGACUGACAGGAUUAGCACAGCAAUUCGCCAACUAGUCCCGGUUGCGCGGCCAUCCCCAUACGGCAAACGAUGGUGGACUCCGGAGCUGACGGCCCUGCGAGACUCGUACACAUGGGCUCGAAAUCGGUGCACGCAAGCUCGGCGGUAUGGAGUCGACGUUGCUGCACUGGAAGACACGGCAUUAUACCUACGGAGACAGUACCACCGAGCAAUCCGUGACGCCAAGCGUCGGCAUUGGCGAGAGUUCCUCAGCAAUACCGACAACAUUUGGAAAGCGGCACGAUACCUCCAGCCAGGAGACCACUCCAUGGGGAUAGUCCCCACCCUGCGCUCGGGUGAGCAGACGAUCAGUGAUGACCAGGGAAAGGCUCAUGCACUCCUCGAGACCUUCUUUCCCCCAUUGCCAGAUAUCCAGGAUGAGCCGCCGAGAGACCGACCGCAGCCAGAUGCCCUUCCGAUGGAAAUGAUCACCCCGAACGAGAUCGAGGCGGCCCUGAAGGGGAUGGCCUCGUGGAAAGCCCCUGGACCAGACGCACUGCCGGUGGUGGCGUUACGGUUCAAAUCACACAUCGGAAAGGCUGCGAAGAAAGGAAUGGAAGCCGUCCUUGCACUAAGACGACUGCACGGGUUACCUCCUUCGGUAGCUCGCCAGCUAUUCACCUCCACGGUCGCAUCGAAGAUUGAUUAUGCAGCAACUGUGUGGUGCUCUAUCCGACAGGAUUCUAUUGUUGCGGCGGGCAUCGGACGGCCGUUCGAAGCCAUCCAGCGAGUCGUGUCUCAGGCGAUCGUGGGCGUGUUCCGAAACACAGCCCUCGUCAUCGCCGAGGCCGAGGCGGGGAUCGAACCGACUGUUGUACGCCUUCGAGCACGCAUCUUGAAGCAUUGGAUCGUCUGCCACACCUUACCAAAGGAUUACCCCUUCUGGUCCUGUCGAGCGGCGGCUGCCAUGCAGGAUGGGAGUUACCCGUCGCCGUUCAAAAUACUGGCGAAGUACGGACCACAAUGCUUGUCUGACAUGGAGGUCAUUCGACCCUUCCCUCUAGAUCCGUGGCAACGGUCUCUUGGGGAGUUGAUUGCCACCGUCGGAUCCGAUAUGCAAGAGUUGCACGAGGCCGGCCAUGCUCGUCUCUGGUUGUUCACCAGUGUCAGCGUCCGCAAUGGUCUGGUCGGAACCGGGCUGGUUGUUCGUGUUAAUCAAGUCGACAUCGUCGCAUCAAACCGGACGGUUGGCAAUGACGACGCGCUCAAUGCUCACUACGCACAGCUGGGGAUGUCACCGUGGAAAGUACAGGUUACGCUCGUUGUGAACAACCCUGCCGUCCUGCUGUCGCUCGCAAAGCCACAUCUCCAGGGCGGACAGGCUCUUAUCACUCAGAUCACGGAAGCAAUUUAUCGGCUGGCGGAGAUGGGGGCUAAGGUCAGCCUGAAGCCACCAAUUGCUGAAGACUGUGAGAAUACUACACGAGCACAUACCCUAGCACGCAAAGCGACCGAAGUGAACAGCGACGUCAGUCCCCCGCCUUGGGCGCGAGUCCAGCUCCGGGCGUCGGCGUUGCGAUGGGCUCGGGCGAAUGAUAAACAGCACCGGAAGGAAAACUUCCAGCUGUGGACCACCGGUCAGUAUACACGCCAGCUGGACUCUGCUCUCCCAGGACCCCACACGAAGAUGCUGUAUGAUAGCCUGAAUCGGGAGAAAGCAUCGAUACUAGCUCAACUCCGCACGGGACAUGCCAGACUGAACGGAUAUCUUCAUCGAAUCGGCAAGACUGAUAGUGAUUUGUGCGACUGUGACGUCGAGCGCGAAACAGUCCCGCAUUUCUUGCUGCGUUGUACACGGUGGAAUGAACAACGGUGCGCACUGAUUGAAGCCGCAGGUCCGAGCCUCGGCAAUCUGUCGCAGAUGCUAGGAGGUAAACCUGCGACUGUAGGGGAUGCGAGUGAACCGAGUGGUCGAGCAUGGAAACCCGACGUCAAGAUUGUCAGAGCCGUUAUCGCUUUUGCAAUGGAGACGGGCUGGCUGGCUCCUGAAGGGUGA